UGCUCAACCGAUUGUGGCAAAGGUCUGCAACAGAGAGUGGUGAUAUGUAUGAAGUCUACCAAUGGGAAUUACCGAGAGACGUUUGAUGCAGAUUGUUCACUGGAUGAUAAACCCGCUGUACGCAAGGAUUGCAACAGCAACUGUGUACCGAGCUGGUUUGCAACACCUUGGACACAGGUUGGUAUAGAUAGAAAUGACUUCAUUUUAUAACCACAUUUAAUACAAUACGUGUAUGGGGUAGGUUCAUAGCGAGUCCUCUCGUUCAUGGCUACGAAACAAUGUUUCCUGGUUUGUCCACCUUCGGGAAACAUGGCUACGAAACAAUGUUUCCUGGUUUGUCCACAUUCGGGAAACAUGGCUAGGAAACAAUGUUUCCUGGUUUGCCCAACUUUGGGAAACAUGGCUACGAAACAAUGUUUCCUGGUUUGUCACCUUCAGGAAACAUGACUAGAAAACAAUGUUUCCUUGUUUGUCCACCUUCAGGAAACAUGGCUAGGAAACAAUGUUUCCUGGUUUGUUCACCUUCGGGAAACAUGACUAGGAAACAAUGUUUCCUGGUUUGUCCACCUUUGGGAAACAUGGCUACGAAACAAUGUUUCCUGGUUUGUCCACCUUCGGGAAACAUGGCUAAGAAACAAUAUUUCCUGGUUUGUCCACCUUUGGGAAACAUGGCUACGAAACAAUGUUUCCUGGUUUGUCCACCUUCGGGAAAUAUGGCUAGGAAACAAUAUUUCCUGGUUGCCCACCUUUGGGAAACAUGGCUAGGAAAUAAUGUUUCCUGGUUUGUCCACCAUUGGGAAACAUGGCUAGGAAACAAUGUUUCCUGGUUUGUCCCACCUUCGGGAAACAUGGCUUGGAAACAUUGUUUCUCGGUUUUUCCCACUUUCUAACUAGUGUCGUUAUUCUUAAUUCAUAGUGUUCAGUAACUUGCGGCCAUGGUGUGGAAACCCGCUAUGUUUCAUGUCUAAACGGCGAAGGAAAGCGAGUGGGCGGUUGCAAGGCCUGGGAACGACCUCUGCUACGCCGCGCGUGUUAUCCUAAAGCGUGUCCUGGGAUCGUGCCAACGAAAACGAACGUGCCAAGCACGUGUACAGACAAUCCACCACGGUCGUUUAAACGUUACUGCCAUAUUAUCAAGAGAAUCAAUUACUGUCGUAUACCGAGCUAUAGGAGACGAUGUUGUGCGACUUGUACGCCGAAAAAUACGGUUGUAGGACAUCUAUAA